UCUUUCCAAGUUGUGUGAUCAGGGAAAACAAUAUUCAAGUGUUUAACUUGAAAUUGUUGUAUUAUAAACGUGAUCUGAAACUCAAUACAUAAACAUAUUUAUGAAUGCAGAAAUAAAGACAAAUUUAAAGGGUUACCAAACGUUCAAGCACCACAAAAACUUUUUUAAAUCAUAAAAAAUAACAAUUUAACCAAGGACGACCUUUUUAAAGAACAUUUGAAACCCUUCCUUAACAUUAGGUAAAUAUUUAAAGCGUUUUUAUAUUUUUAUAUUUAAAAAAACACUAAGGUUUUGUGUCACCUACACCUGGCAGGUUAACGCAGUUCAGUCCUUAGGUAAUGGACGGUUCCAUUUCAGUCUGAGCGUUACUUUUAUACACACAAAUGGUCUGAUUGUGGCAUUACUGUAACUUAUAUUACAAUGCACGUAUCUCAUGGAUUGCGUCUGUUAAGCUGAGUUUCUCUGGUCAUCCAAUCCUGAAUAUUUUAGUGAACUAUGAGUCUAGUGGACUGCAGAUUAUGGAUCGGGACAGUCCAUCAGCUCAGCUCUGACUGCAGCCUAGCUGUAGCUAUAUAAGAGCGAGCACUCCAAGCUUAUCCAUACACACACUGUCCCAGCCGCAUGCAGAAAAGAUGAGUUACGGUUCAGACGCCCACCUGUCCUCCUCCACCUCCGCCUCUUCUUCAUACCGAAAACUGUUCGGGGAGUCUCGCUUCACUGCGGGUUCCUCCUCCUCCUCCGCUCGGAUGAGGACUACCAUGGUGCCGGGCAGCUUCAGGACGCCGCCGGUGUCCCGCAGCCUGUCCAUGGGCUCGUACCGGAGGUCCGCUCGGUCUCUCCUCUCUUCAGGCGAAAUCGUCCCCCUGGACAUUUCCCAGACAUCAGCGCUCAACAGUGAAGUGAAGAUCAUCAGGACCAAUGAGAAAGAGCAGCUGCAGGGCCUGAACGACCGCUUCGCCACCUUCAUCGAGAAGGUGCGCAGCCUGGAGCAGCAGAACAAGGUGCUGGAGGCCGAGCUGGUGACGCUGCGCCAAAAGCAGAGCGAGCCGUCCAGACUGGCCGAGCUGUACCAGCGCGAGAUCCGCGACCUGCGCGCGCAGCUGGACGAGACGAGCGGGGACCGGGACCGGACUCUCAUCGAGCGGGACGGAACGGAGGAUGAGCUGCAGAAGAUCCGAGCCAAAUACGAUGGCGAGGCGAGAGCGCGCGAGGAGGCCGAGCAAGCGCUGCGCUCCUACCGCAAGGACGUGGACGACGCCACAGUGGCGCGCCUGGAGCUGGAGAGGAGAGUAGAGUCCCUGCUGGAUGAGAUGGACUUCAUGAGGAAGGUGCACGACGAGGAGGUGGCCGAGCUCACUACCAGCAUGCAGGCGGCGCAGGUGUCAAUGGAGCUGGACACAGCCAAGCCUGACCUCACCUCCGCGCUCAAGGAUAUCCGCGGACAGUACGAGUCGCUGGCGUCCAAGAACCUGCAGUCCGCUGAGGAGUGGUACAAGGCCAAGUUCGCCAAUCUCAAUGAACAAGCCCUGAAAACCAACGAGGUUAUCAGAGCCACCAGAGAGGAGCUGCAUGACUACAGGAGGCAACUCCAGGCUAAAACUGUGGAGAUGGAGACCCUCAGAGGAACCAACGAGUCCCUGGAACGCCAAAUGCGAGAGAUGCAGGAUGGGCACAUGGCGGAAGCUGCGGGCCUUCAGGAAACAAUUAAUCAUCUGGAACUUGAACUAAGAAGCACCAAGACUGAGAUGGCCCAUCAUCUAAGAGAUUACCAGGAUUUACUCAAUGUCAAGAUGGCCCUGGAUAUAGAAAUUGCAGCAUACAGAAAACUGCUUGAAGGAGAGGAGACCCAUUUUGGUGCUGGGAUAGCUUACUCCAGCAUCAGCCACGACAUUACCAGCAUGCACUAUGCUGGCUACCAGGGUCGCUCCUCCUCCAGCUCAUCCCGCAAUCCUAAGAAAGAGAAAGAUGAAGAGCAGAGCAAAUCCAAGUCAACAGCUCAACAGGAGACCACUGGAGAACUGACUGAGGAGACUUCAAAGAAAAAAGAGAAGACGGAUCUAGUGGAUUUUAAUUCAAAUUAGACUAAUCAAUUCAGAUCAAUAUCCAAUUAAACAGCAUAGCCUUUUGUUGUUACAUUGAGGUCAAACUUUUUUUACCUUUCUCUAGAAACCAGAGAUGUUUAGCCCACUGUGUUGAGUUGAUUAGAUUUAUUUCCCUCAAUAUUUCAAGCUCAGAAUGUGCUGCUGCUAGACGUGAAUGGUAGGCAGUAGAAGUAAUUUUCGAAUACUGUCUCUGUGAGCAAUUCCACAGACAUGCCAAAGUCAUUGAAUAACAGUAUGUAAGUUGAUCAAGAAAAGGUUGGCUUGGUAAUGCCCAUACGUGUAUAAGCUGGGAGGUGUUAUGUUGUGGGUAAGGCCAAACACUGGUUAACAAGCUCACGGUAAGGUGAUGUGAGUUUGAAAGAGGGGACAUUAUUUUUCUGAAAUUAUUUCUUAAACCACAGUGUCACAAAAUAACAGAGCGGGAAUACAUCACAGAAAGCAUUCCCACCUACAGUGGACAACACAGUGGGUGGUAAGGAUUGUAACUAGCAGAAUGUGGCUAUCAUUGAAGUAACUCUGGCAGAAACCACAUCCACAUUCAUUGUAGAUGGCCCCACACAUGCUCAUUUCAUGGGACAAGGCAAAAGAUUCGUGACAGUCUUGUGCCACAACAUUUGGCAUGUCAGUGUAUAUGAGAGUAUUCUUCGAAGUAAGCAAAAACAUCCCACAGCAUAAGAGCGGAAUUGUUUUUCUUCUAGACUCUUGUACGUUCUAGUUUUAGCAAAGACACCAGGACCAAAAGAAGCCACAUGAGCUCAGUUUGACAGCAUAACAAAGAUAAAAGGCUGUGUGAUCUCUUACAUCUAAUAAUAACAUUUAAAAUGAAGUAUUUUUAGUACAUGUUGUCACUGCUGAAAGACACAAAUAGUACGUUUCUAAAACUGACCAAAGCUAGCACACACCGCAUAAUAGUUUUAGGAGAAUGUCUUAAAAGAGCACAAAGUGUCAUUAUUAUCUAAUGUCCCGAAUGUCACCUUUAUUACAUGUACUGGACCAUGUAAUAUAGAAAAUAAAUAAAUAAAAACAUUCUAUUAGUCUG